AUGUUAAUGGCAAGAGCAUCCGCACCAGACAGGCUGUCUGCAUUACCAGAUGAUUUUCUUUUAACUCAUAUUCUGUCAAAGAUUUCUUACAGAGAUGUCCUACUCUCGCAGAGAUGGCGAUUCUUGUGGAGAAAAGUACCCAUCCUCAAAUUUUAUUUUGAGGAUUUUGAGAAACAAAAGGAUGACAAGAUACAGGCCAUAAUUGACAAUGCACUCCACCUGGAUGCUCGUCUUCGCUAUUUGUAUCUUCAAGUUGCCUUGGAUGACCCUAAGGCUGUCGAUAUAAACAAUUGGAUUCGUCUUGCAGCUGAAAAACAGGUGGAACGCAUGGAUAUACAUAUCACUUAUAGAGAUCGAAAGACGAGGCUUAACACUUCUUCCAUGGUGGAGCUCGGGGACUCUAUUUUUAGUGAAAACCUCACUGCCCUAAUAGUGAAUUACAUCGAUCUUCCCAAGGUACCCACUAAUUUUGGGGUUUUACGAUCCUUGAAAACACUUUAUUUUAUGGAAAUUCGAAAUGUGGAUGAUGCUAUGUUUGAAGGAUUCAUGGACCUGUGCCCACAUCUUCUAAUUUUGGGGAUUUGCGGUUGUUUGGGGUUGAAAAACUUGAACAUACGUUCUUCUAAUCUCAUGUACCUAAAUCUAGGAAUUCUAAGAUCUGAUAUAUCAUUGCAGAUAGCUUGCCCACGCUUGAUGGAAAUCAGCCUUACGGAUUUUGGUAAAUACACAGGACUUAAAUUACUACAAGGAAUUUCAAGAGCGGAAUCUGUUAAAAAAAUUAUUCUUCAAAAUUACAAUACAGGCAAUGCCGUUAAUCCAGGAAUUCCCAGUGUUACUGUGCUUAACAGUUUUCCUAUGCAAUCCAUGGCCAGUGUUUACAGGUUAGAAUUUUGUACAUAA